GCGGCCGCCAGGUGGCGCCUGCGCCCUCCAUUCGCCCGCGAGCCGCCGAGCAGCGAACACCCCAAACAAUCCCCAGCGCCGCCGCCAAAUUAAAUAACCCCAACCCGCCCGCGCCCCGCGGCCCCUCCGCGCCCACAGCCCGCCACUGGCCGGCACGGGCGCGCAGCCGGGCGAGCCGCGCCGGGCACACGGGAGCGGAGCCGCGAGCCGGGGCCUUCCUCGCUGCCUACGCCGACACUGGGCAAGAAAUUGCCCACUACAAAGGAAGAAGAAAAGUAAGCUUGCACUUCAGACUGCUUUUUGAAUAUCUUUCUAAUACAGUGGUGUUCCAGAAGAUGAUAAAGAAAUGAUAGCAGCUCCAGAAAUACCAACUGAUUUUACUCUCCUUCAGGAGUCUGAAACACACUUCUCUUCUGAUACAGACUUUGAGGAUAUUGAAGGAAAAAACCAAAAACAAGGCAAAGGCAAAACCUGUAAAAAAGGAAAAAAAGGACCAGCAGAGAAGGGGAAAAGUGGAAACGGAGGAGGGAAACCUGGUGGUCCAAAUCGGAUGAAUGGACAUCACCAACAGAAUGGUGUGGAAAACAUGAUGCUGUUUGAGGUAGUUAAAAUGGGCAAGAGUGCUAUGCAGUCUGUAGUGGAUGACUGGAUAGAGUCAUACAAACAUGACAGAGAUAUAGCACUUCUUGAUCUCAUUAACUUCUUUAUUCAGUGUUCAGGCUGCAAAGGAGUUGUUACAGCAGAGAUGUUCCGACAUAUGCAGAAUUCUGAAAUAAUCCGAAAAAUGACCGAAGAAUUUGAUGAGGAUAGUGGAGAUUAUCCACUAACUAUGGCUGGCCCCCAGUGGAAGAAGUUCAAAUCCAGUUUUUGUGAGUUCAUUGGAGUACUCGUCCGACAAUGUCAAUAUAGUAUCAUAUAUGAUGAGUAUAUGAUGGACACUGUCAUUUCACUGCUCACGGGGCUGUCAGACUCCCAAGUCAGAGCAUUUCGGCACACGAGCACACUGGCAGCCAUGAAGCUGAUGACUGCUUUAGUGAAUGUGGCAUUAAAUCUUAGUAUUAACAUGGACAACACACAGCGACAGUAUGAAGCAGAACGAAAUAAAAUAAUUGGGAAACGAGCUAAUGAUAGGCUGGAACUCUUACUACAGAAAAGAAAGGAGCUUCAAGAAAAUCAGGAUGAAAUAGAAAACAUGAUGAAUGCAAUAUUUAAAGGUGUUUUUGUGCAUAGAUACCGAGAUGCAAUUGCUGAAAUCAGAGCCAUCUGCAUUGAAGAGAUUGGAAUAUGGAUGAAGAUGUACAGUGACGCCUUUCUCAAUGACAGCUACUUAAAAUAUGUGGGGUGGACUAUGCAUGAUAAGCAAGGGGAAGUAAGACUCAAAUGCCUAACUGCUUUGCAAGGGCUUUACUAUAAUAAAGAGCUUAAUUCCAAAUUGGAACUCUUCACCAGUCGGUUCAAGGAUAGAAUUGUGUCUAUGACUCUUGACAAAGAAUAUGAUGUUGCAGUCCAAGCAAUAAAAUUACUCACUCUUGUUUUACAGAGUAGUGAAGAAGUUCUGACUGCAGAAGACUGUGAAAAUGUCUACCACCUGGUUUAUUCAGCUCACCGGCCAGUAGCAGUUGCUGCAGGGGAAUUUCUUUACAAAAAGCUUUUCAGCCGCAGAGAUGCUGAAGAUGAUGGAAUACUUAAAAGGAGAGGAAGACAAAGUCCGAAUGCUAAUCUUGUGAAGACAUUAGUGUUUUUCUUUUUGGAAAGUGAAUUGCACGAACAUGCUGCUUAUCUUGUGGACAGCAUGUGGGACUGUGCAACAGACCUCUUGAAGGACUGGGAAUGUAUGAACAGUCUUCUGCUGGAGGAGCCUCUCAAUGGAGAAGAACCUUUAACGGAUAGACAGGAAAGUGCACUGAUCGAAAUAAUGCUUUGUACAAUUCGGCAAGCGGCUGAAUGUCAUCCUCCUGUGGGAAGAGGAACAGGAAAAAGGGUGCUGACAGCAAAGGAAAAGAAAACCCAACUGGAUGACAGGACAAAAAUUACUGAACUUUUUGCAGUGGCACUCCCUCAGUUGCUAGCAAAGUAUUCUGUAGAUGCAGAAAAAGUCACCAACUUACUGCAGUUGCCACAGUACUUUGAUUUGGAAAUUUAUACAACAGGACGAUUAGAAAAGCAUUUGGAUGCCUUACUGCGACAAAUCCGGGAUAUUGUGGAGAAACACACAGAUAUAGAUGUUUUGGAAGCCUGUUCCAAAACGUACCACGCUCUCUGUAAUGAAGAAUUCACAAUCUUUAACAGGGUUGACAUUGCAAGAAGUCAGUUAAUAGAUGAAUUGGCAGACAAGUUUAAUCGACUUCUUGAGGACUUCCUGCAAGAGGGGGAGGAACCUGAUGAAGAUGAUGCAUAUCAAGUCUUGUCAACACUGAAGAGAAUCACUGCUUUUCACAAUGCUCAUGACCUAUCAAGAUGGGACUUGUUUGGCUGCAACUACAAGUUAUUGAAAACUGGCAUUGAAAAUGGAGACAUGCCAGAACAGAUUGUUAUUCAUGCACUGCAGUGUACUCAUUAUGUAAUCCUUUGGCAGCUAGCAAAAGUUACUGAAAGCAGUUCCACAAAGGAGGAUCUUCUACGUCUGAAGAAGCAGAUGAGAGUGUUCUGUCAAAUCUGUCAACACUACCUGACCAAUGUAAACACUGCUGUUAAGGAACAGGCUUUCACAAUUCUGUGUGAUGUGUUGAUGAUCUUCAGUCAUCAGAUUAUGACAGGAGGACGUGACAUGUUGGAGCCACUUGUUUACACUCCUGAUUCUUCAUUGCAGUCUGAACUACUCAGUUUUAUUUUAGAUCAUGUCUUCAUUGAUCAGGAUGACGAUAAUAAUAGUGCAGAUGGACAGCAGGAUGAUGAAGCAAGCAAAAUUGAAGCAUUGCACAAAAGAAGAAAUCUACUUGCAGCUUUCUGUAAGCUCAUUGUAUAUACUGUGGUGGAAAUGAACACAGCUGCAGACAUUUUCAAGCAAUAUAUGAAGUAUUACAAUGACUAUGGUGAUAUUAUUAAAGAAACGAUGAGCAAAACAAGACAGAUAGACAAAAUCCAGUGUGCUAAGACACUUAUUCUUAGUUUGCAACAGCUUUUCAAUGAAAUGAUUCAAGAAAAUGGUUAUAAUUUCGACAGAUCUUCACCAACAUUCAGUGGCAUAAAGGAACUUGCUCGACGUUUUGCUUUAACGUUUGGAUUGGAUCAGUUGAAAACAAGAGAAGCUAUUGCUAUGUUACACAAGGAUGGCAUAGAAUUUGCUUUUAAGGAGCCUAAUCCACAAGGUGAGAGCCACCCGCCAUUAAAUUUGGCAUUUCUUGAUAUCCUGAGUGAGUUCUCCUCCAAGCUUCUCAGACAAGACAAAAGAACAGUGUAUGUUUACUUGGAGAAGUUCAUGACCUUUCAGAUGUCUCUACGAAGAGAAGAUGUGUGGCUUCCUCUCAUGUCCUACAGAAACUCUUUACUAGCUGGUGGGGAUGAUGAUACUAUGUCAGUGAUUAGUGGUAUUAGUAGUCGAGGAUCUACAGUAAGAAAUAAGAAGACAAAGCCAGCAACAGGCAAGCGGAAAGUACCUGAAGCUGAAGAAAGCAGCAGUAGUGACAGUAUGUGGCUGAACAGGGAGCAGUCGAUGCACACACCAGUCAUGAUGCAGACACCUCAGCUGACUUCCACAAUAAUGAGGGAGCCCAAGAGAUUGCGACCUGACGAGAAUUACAUGGGUGUCUAUCCUAUGCAGCCCGAGCACCACCAAGCUCCCCUCGAUUACAACACGCAAGUAACGUGGAUGUUGGCUCAAAGGCAACAGGAAGAAGCCGCGCGACAACAACAGGAGAGGGCAGCGAUGAACUACGUCAAGCUGAGAAGCAACUUGCAACACGCCAUUCGACGUGGCACAAGUCUAAUGGAAGAUGAUGAGGAGCCAAUUGUUGAAGAUGUGAUGAUGUCAUCAGAAGGGCGGAUUGAAGAUCUUAAUGAAGGCAUGGAUUUCGACACCAUGGACAUAGACCUACCACCAUCAAAGAACAGGAGAGAAAGAACGGAACUAAAACCAGAUUUCUUUGACCCCGCUUCAAUCAUGGAUGAAUCGCUGGUACAAAAUUACACUGGAAAUAACAAGCUGCAGCAAGCCAGCAGAGGACAGUACAACAAUGCUUCCUGGGAAUCUUGGACAGCUUGGUGGAAUUUGGAAGACGGUUAUGUAUUUUUUUACAGUAUUGUUGCAGCGUGAACAUGUUCUUGUUUAUGGGAGAAAGAAGUCCUAAAUACUGUUUUAAAUGCAAAUCCAUAUAUUUUGUACCAGUAGGCCUUUGCUUCAGUAAUAAUGAAUCAGUUAGGUCGUGCGUCUGGCUGUCGUGUGUUCUGUUCCUCAAGUAACACCAAGAAAGUAUCUCACUUGUUCGGAUUUAAAAUAGUUCUUCCCUUCCCCUUCCCCAUUUUUUUCCUGGAUUUAUCUGUGAAAUAAUUGCCAGUCAGUUUUUAGCCUGGCAGUGCUGAAUAUUUGGCCUUCUACAGGUACAUUUCGUUGCUUUCAGAAAGCUUUUAGCUUCCCAGUUCUGUCAGAGCCGCUCUAACAGGUUCAGUGCCCGCGAGGUUCCCGUCCCUGGCUGCGUUUCCCGGGCGCGGCCGCGCGAGGGCAGCCGAGGGCAGCGCCCGGAGCCCCUCCGUGCUCCACGGGAAAGAGCCAAUUUCGGAAAUGCAGGAAAAAAAUAAAGAAAAGCUUCUCAGAAUAAAGUUAAUUUGCUUUAUUCUCAUACCUUAUUUCAGAGGUCCGCUGUUCUCAGAGUUGCUGCACUUGUUUUUAAUAGACCCAGGCGUAAUAAAGCAGUUUAAUUUUUUGAGAUGCAUGUGGUAUAUGAUGAAAAUUUUAGCCUGUCUGCUCAUGUUUUGAUGUGCCCGGUUAUUGCCGGCACCAGAGGCAGCUCUGACUGUGUGCUACAUUGUAUGAUGCAUCUAAAGUGAAUUUAAUUGAAAAAAACCAGUAAAAAUUGGUUUGUAAACAGAUAAAAGUGAACAGCAGUGUUAAGAUUCAGGAAAAUUAAGUCCCUAGUGACUCUUUCUGAUUUUAUAAAGUCCUGUAAAAGCUAGGACAGUCACAAAAUCUGGAUCCUCUGGUUGGUUGUGUUUUUUUUUUUUUGGCAUAUCAGUGGUGAUACCUGCUUGCUUUCACGAAGGAAGUGGAAACUGCUUCUUUGUUUCAGGAAAGCUUUUUCUUACCUUAGUCACACAGUCCCAAAGGACAGUUGUUUGAUUUUACCUGAUGAUUGCUUGAUUUUUUU